AUGACAUCGACCGAGAAACCGCACCCGGCGACGACAGUGUCCAAUGGCGACAAAGCCGGGACACCUAAACCCAAGAGCCAGAGGUCUGAUGACAGUGCCGACUUGGACGAAUAUUUCUUUGGCCCUCGUGACCUAGACCACCAUUCAAAAUGGCCUGUCUUCUUGCGACUCCAUGGUAGUAUCACGCCCGAGAUGGUCUUGCCGUUGUUGUUUGUCGGGGCUUGGUCGACGCUCAUUACCUGCAUUUCUAAAUUUAUCCAUGACCUCGGUAUCAGCCAGCUCCUUUUGACAGUCCUCGGUUUCGUCGUUGGCUUGGCCCUCAGCUUUCGCAGUUCAACCGCGUACGAACGCUAUGGAGAAGGUCGCAAAUACUGGGCCCAAUUGACUCUCGCUUCUCAGAACCUCGCACGCCUUGUGUGGAUUCACGCAGAUGAGAGGCAGGGAGAUCUAGGCAAGAAGGACUUGCUCGCCAAAAUCAGCUGCAUGAAUCUUAUUGUCGCAUACUCGGUGGCACUAAAACACAAGCUCCGAUUCGAGCCAUUCACCCACUACGACGACCUGAAACACCUUGUUGGCCACCUCGAUACGUUCGCAAAGGCGGCUAGUGAACCUGAUGUCCAGAAAAAGAAAUCUUUCUGGAAGAGCACCGGAGAAUUCCUCGGCUUGUCGUUCGCAGAGUCAAACCCGCGAAAGCUAGUCAAGAACGCCACUCAGCCGCUUGGCAAUCUGCCUCUAGAGAUUCUGAACCACCUCUCGGCUUACAUGAAGACCAUCUACGACAAUGGCACGUUCAAGGUCUCCAUCUAUCAGACCCAAUCACUGAAUGCAUUGACCACCAUGAACGACGUUCUCACCGGCACCGAUCGGAUCCUCAACACUCCUCUCCCAAUUGCUUAUUCUAUUGCCAUUGGCCAAAUUACAUGGGUGUACAUUCUCCUUCUCCCCUUCCAGCUGUUCAAGUCUCUUGGUUGGGUCACAAUCCCUGCCUCUAUGUUUUCCGCAUAUAUCAUUCUCGGGAUUGCACUGAUUGGCCGCGAGAUCGAGAAUCCAUUUGGAGUCGAUGUAAACGACCUGCCUCUCGACUCUUUCUGCAACCAGAUUCGUCAGGACAUCGAUGUAAUUAUCAGCCGACCACCGCCGGAGACGGAUGACUUUGUUAACCAGGAAGAUAACAUGUUGCUUCACCCGCUGAGCCAUUUGGGUUAUGCGUCGUGGGAUGGAAAGUCAGUCCAAGAGAUUCGAGACGCAUUGAAGGCGAAGCCAGAUCUUGCCAUUAGGAAGGAACACGAGUAUUAUGAGGUAUCGAUGACCGUUAAAAGGCUUGACAAAUUGGUCGCUCAGACCGAGGAGGUGGAGAGAUUAGAAAGCAUCAAGGCUCUUAUUUAA